AUGGAACUCGACCGAAGUUCCCUCGCUACUUACCGUUCCAUUUUUCCUGAUGACAAGAAAUUCCCUUACACCAGGGAUCGUAUUAGUCAAAUUACGCGACAUCGGAGUUCGCUUGACGGGAGUCUAUUCUUCGAUUAUGUUCUCAGGGAAAUAGCCUGUAUCGAGGAUGGUAACUAUUCAAUCCCUUGAUUUUCCGUUCGGAGCCAAUUCCCCAAUCGUUAUCGCAAAUAAUAACGCAUCGACCAUCCAGCCGAUCGACUCUACCCACCAAAGAACGUCACCGCCUUACGAGCACUUGUCACCACUAUCAUGGAGAAGGAAGAAUUAGAUAAGCUGAAGAGAGACUCCUUCAUAUAUUAUCUCAAGAAGGAUUUCGACUACGCCCAUCCUAGCAGCGAUGACGCUAGAAGCUACGCUCGGAAGGCUCUUGUCCAGCCAAACUUUUGUAGCCUGAUGGAUGGUCUCUGGGCUUUGGAUAAUUUCAGGUUCGAGGUAUGCUCCCCUCCUUCGCCCGUCACAAGUGCCUGGCUCUCACAAUCACAUUGCAGGAAGCUACCAUGCUCUUGGCUGAGCCAGCCGUUACUCCCACCAAUCCUCACAAGAUACUUUCCGCCCUCAUCCAUCAUGCUGGCCCUACUCUGGGUCCAAGGCUCGCUACCACUUUCGUUCAAGCGACACAGACAAAACUAAACACAGAUGACUCAAUAAGAGAUUACUUCGCCGCUCUCAAUGCUACCUCCAUUGAAUCAGCCUUUCUCUACCAACGAACGGUCCCGGAAUCCCUACAGCAUGAGCUGUUCACCAGUCUCAUCGAUCAUUGCCUCACAGUUCGCAAAGAAGUCAAUGCUUUAAAACUUAUCAACCUGCCAUUCACCCCCAAAGAGCAACAGAUAUUUGAGGAUCACAUCCGCCACUCCAAUCUUCCGGCUGCCCAGGAUACGUUGAUAAUUAAGCAGAUGCAUCAAGGGCAACUGGAUGAUGCUUUGGCAGCCGCAAGAUCCGCUCGCUAUCAGAACGAGCCAGAGCUCAAAGGCCUCAACUGGGCAAGUCUGGCCAGAGGGCUUUCCUUGGGCAUCGGGCCGAGAGCGGCCAACGAAGAAACCGCUUAAGACCCCGCACCUUCUGGAUACCUAUUGUGCCCCUAGUAUGGAAUGACCCUCAUGUUAAUAGUCCCGAUUCAACAAACAAUACUGGUCCAAUCAUAUUUUUGCCACAAAUUAAAAUAUUCUGUUCUAUUU